AGGCGCUGGAGGCCGCGGGCUGUGGACUGGGGCCGGGGGCCGUGGCCAUGGCCGUGGCGCUGGAGGACGGGGCGGAGCCCCCCGUGCUGACCACGCACCUGAAGAAGGUGGAGAACCACAUCACCGAGGCCCAGCGCUUCUCCCACCUCCCCAAGCGCUCGUCGGUGGACAUCGAGUUCGUGGAGCUGUCCUAUUCCGUGCGGGAGGGGCCCUGCUGGCGAAAACGGGGUUAUAAGACCCUCCUCAAGUGCCUAUCUGGUAAAUUCUGUCGCCGGGAACUGAUUGGGAUCAUGGGCCCCUCUGGGGCUGGGAAGUCCACGUUCAUGAACAUCUUGGCAGGGUACAGGGAGAGCGGAAUGAAAGGGCAGAUCCUGGUUAAUGGGAGGCCAAGAGAGCUGAGGACCUUCCGUAAGAUGUCUUGCUACAUCAUGCAGGACGACAUGCUACUGCCACACCUCACGGUGCUGGAAGCCAUGAUGGUCUCAGCCAACCUGAAGCUGAGUGAGAAACAAGAGGUGAAGAAGGAGCUGGUGACGGAGAUCCUCACGGCACUGGGCCUGAUGUCCUGCUCGCACACACGGACAGCUCUGCUCUCUGGCGGGCAGAGGAAGCGCCUGGCUAUCGCCCUGGAGUUGGUCAACAAUCCGCCUGUCAUGUUCUUUGAUGAACCGACCAGCGGUCUGGACAGUGCUUCUUGUUUCCAAGUGGUGUCCCUCAUGAAGUCCCUGGCCCAAGGGGGGCGUACCAUCAUCUGCACCAUCCACCAGCCCAGCGCCAAGCUCUUUGAGAUGUUUGACAAGCUCUACAUCCUGAGCCAGGGUCAGUGCAUCUUUAAGGGCGUGGUCACCAACCUGAUCCCCUAUCUGAAGGGGCUGGGCCUGCACUGCCCCACCUACCACAACCCAGCUGACUUCAUCAUCGAGGUGGCAUCUGGAGAGUAUGGAGACUUGAACCCCAUGCUGUUCAGGGCAGUGCAGAAUGGACUUUGCGCCAUGGCUGAGAAGAAGAGCAGUCCGGAGAAGAAUGAGGUCUCUUCUCACUGUCCCUCUUGCCCACCGGACGUGGAUACCAUCGAGAGCCACACCUUUGCCACCAGCACCCUCACCCAGUUCUGCAUCCUCUUCAGGAGGACCUUCCUGUCCAUCCUCAGGGACACGGUCCUGACCCACUUGCGGUUCAUGUCCCACGUGGUGAUCGGCGUGCUCAUCGGUCUCCUCUACCUGCACAUCGGCGAUGACGCCAGCAAGGUCUUCAACAACACCGGCUGCCUCUUCUUCUCCAUGCUGUUCCUCAUGUUUGCUGCCCUCAUGCCAACUGUGCUUACCUUCCCCUUAGAGAUGGCAGUCUUCAUGAGGGAGCAUCUCAACUACUGGUACAGCCUCAAAGCGUAUUACCUGGCCAAGACCAUGGCUGACGUGCCCUUUCAGGUGAUGUGCCCGUUGGUAUACUGCAGCAUAGUGUACUGGAUGACCGGCCAGCCAGCUGAGACCAGCCGCUUCCUGCUCUUCUCAGCCUUGGCCACAGCCACCGCCUUAGUGGCUCAAUCCCUGGGACUGCUGAUCGGAGCUGCCUCCAACUCCCUGCAGGUGGCCACUUUUGUGGGUCCAGUCACUGCCAUCCCUGUCCUUUUGUUCUCUGGCUUCUUUGUCACCUUCAAGACCAUCCCCACUUACCUGCAGUGGAGCUCCUACCUCUCCUAUGUCAGGUAUGGCUUUGAGGGCGCGAUCCUGACCAUCUAUGGCAUGGAGCGAGGAGACCUGACAUGCUUAGAGGAGCGCUGCCCAUUCCGGGAGCCACAGAGCAUCCUGCGAGCCCUGGAUGUGGAGGAUGCCAAACUGUACCUGGACUUCCUGGUCUUGGGCAUCUUCUUCCUGGCCCUCCGGCUGCUGGCAUACCUUGUGCUCCGGUACAGGGUCAAGUCGGAGAGAUAAAGCCUUGUGCGCAGCCCCUGCAGCAGGGAGCCCCCAGCUCCAGCCCUUCUGGGGACGGUUUUAACCUUGUAGACUUGGGCAUUGGUUGCUGGUGCAGCCGCCCUCCCCUCCCUCAGCUGCUCCGAUGCCUGGCGGUGGGACUGUGCUGCCAGCCUCGGCCCUGGGCGGGUGGGGCUCCGGCCAGGAGUCUUCCCAGACUGAUGCAGUUUGUAGCUUCCUCCCUUCUCUCUCCAACACCUGCAUGCAAAGACUGCCUGGAGGCAGCCACCUUCUUCCCACCUGCGGCACCCUCCUUUGUCGUCUGCCUGAGAGCACUAGACUCUCGAGGCGCUCACUUACGACUGACCAAAGUGGACCCCACUGGGGUCUCCACCACAACCGUGUUCGUAAAGAAGGCUGCUGAAAGGUGGGGGUGCCAGGGCUGGGCCUUGGUGGAGUCCACUGGAGGGCCGGGGGAGAGCGUCCCCUCACUGACUUUGGGAUGAACCAAGGAGGGACUCUGGAAGUCUCUUCUAACUCCCCCUCUCCGCCACGCUGGCUCGUUUGGACAAUCUGCUGGGACAGAAGCUGGGUUUUCUGUCUGGGUGGCCUCCCGAAUCCUGGGGAUCGGGGAGGCCAUGGGAUGUCCCAACCCCCUUUCAGGUACAUGUUUGGUCAGGGUCCAGCUGGCGGUAUCUCUGCAAUAACGCCUGCGUUUCUCCCCCGCCCACCACUGGGAUGCAGAAUGCACUUGGUUCUGGAGAAGGGGAGAGCAGGGGCACCCCUUUCUUGCUGCUCCCAUCACAUGGUCCACGGACGCCUUCCAGGGUCCCAGGCACUUUCCAUGCGAAUGGGCAGUCUCAGCCCCACACCUGCGCUGCUCCCUCCAGCUCAGAGAGAGCUGUGGCGGCACAGAGGCAGCGGCAGGUGCCCGGGGAGGGCAGUGCCAGG